ACCAUUAUGACUGCACGUCUCUGCACCCAUCUUGUGGUCAGCUGCUGGGUACUUGGUUUUCUCUGGUUCUUGAUUCCUAUCAUCAUCAUCUCCCAAAUGUCCUUCUGUGGCUCCAGGAUUAUUGACCAUUUCCUGUGUGACCCAGGUCCUCUUUUAGCACUCACUUGCAAGAAAGCUCCCGUGGUAGAGCUUGUCUUCUCCACUUUAAGUCCUCUUCCCCUGAUCAUUCCCUUUCUCUUCAUCAUGGGGUCCUAUGCUCUGGUCCUAAGAGCUGUACUGAAAGUCCCUUCAGCCGCUGGACGAAGAAAGGCUUUCUCCACGUGUGGGGCUCAUCUAUCUGUGGUUUCACUGUUCUAUGGCUCGGUGAUGGUCAUGUAUGGGAGCCCAACAUCUGAGCAUGAAGCUGGAAUGCAGAAGAUUGUGACUCUGUUUUAUUCUGUUGUGACUCCACUUCUUAACCCUGUGAUAUACAGUCUUAGGAACAAAGAUAUGAAAAAGGCCCUGCAGAAAUUUCUGGGGAUAUAA